AUGGAGAGGAACAGAACUCAAAUGAACAUUAACUCUGCUGAGAACCUCGGACAUUACGAGAGAGUGGAUGCCAAAACAAAUAUCGGCGUUCCAUUGGAUAUGAACGAAACGGAACAAGAGCUGGAUAGCCAUGCGGAAAAAGUCGCUUCCGAAGGGACGCAUUGGUUGGGUUAUUGUGGAACUCUUCCCCUCAUCCCCCUUGCUUCAAGAAGGCGUUCAAGCAGCAAAAUAUCAGGAGCAAUGAAAGAGAAAUUCUUCGCGCUACGCAUGGGAGAUAUUUAUAAAAUGCACGAGGAACGGAAGACAAAAGUGUUUUUGGAACACGCACCGCACUUGGAACACUGCCAAGAGGCUUUAACUCGAAAAGCGGAAAUGUUAGAGUGUUCAAGUGAUUUGGACCUAAAUCGCAAUCGCAGAACCGAAGCGGGGAUUGCUCUACUUCAAAUUUGUUAUUGCCGAGUUCAGCUUGGAAACUACAAUUCGGCUACUGAAGUCGGAUUUGAAGCUCUAAAACGUUUGAUUCGGUUAAACAAUAUAGCUGAAUAUAAAGAACAACUGAAUUCAUGCGUGAAGAGUUGUGAUCGAUGCCUUGCAUUCUGCGAAAGUCACGGACCGUUUCGUUGUCUCUUGGCCGCAGUUUUGCUAUGCUUUAUGUACCGACACAACUUGCUUCCAGAAGAUAAGGCAACACUGUUUCAAGUACUCUCAUCAGAUCUGUUUCAGGCGGCAUUGUUUACUUCGCUUGCAACUGCAGUCAAUGCGGAUCGGUAUACGGACCCAACAUUUCCUUUAUUCGACAGCCCCCAUUUGGGAACUGUGCUGAGCAAAACACUGACGGUUUUUGGCGCAAACGAGGUCAUGGUUUGUCUUGUAGAUAUCAUCGAAUUUAGUCUAGAGAAUCGAUUAUAUCAGUCGGUAAGUUUUAAUUGA